GUCAAAUAUGGUGGGAAAUUGAAGAGGGGCAUACUUGCAAAACAAGUGAAGGAAGUGAAGGAUAACUGGAUAGGCCCUUGGAGUAAUUGAUGGUGGGAAAAGCUACUGGAGCUUCAAGGUGGGAGCAAAGUUGCUGAAAUCAUGUUCGGUCUUGACCUCCAUGAACACACCCUUGCUGUCGUACUCAAUCUUGAUGCGGUCACUGUUGUCUUUCUUUGGUUGCAAUCCUGAGGCCAACAGCUGUGAUGCCGAGAAGAAGCAGUUCUUAGACCUUCUUGCUUCCUUUUUCACUUACUAUCAAUCCCAAAAAAACACAGACAUUGUUGCACAAGUGAUGGAGAAGAUGGUCCCAGGCAGGAAGAGACCCUCAAUCCAUUUAAUUUGCUCUUUUGGCUAGCUGGGGGUGCCAUUUAUUUAUUUUGGGAGAGGGGGGGGGGGGGGGGGGGGGAGGUGUUGGGGUGGGGGAAAGGUAAUCGGCUAGUCUAUCCCACAUAAAAUGACUGUGUCCCUACUUGGGUGGUCCUCUUCUAUUAGUGUGUUGCACCAAACAUGGGCUUAGGGUCCUUAGCCUAGCCUAGCCUAUAGAUCAAAUGCACACUAAUUUCUUUGAUAAAGCAAAGAUUCCAUUAGUUUCUUAUCCACCUUCGUGUUGAUGGUUUCCAUUGUCUGGGAUGAAGCUCCUUUCUUUUAUAUGACUGAUGUGCAGCCCUGGUCUUCAUUGAGCUGAUGUACAAUGACCCGGGAACAAUGCUGGGCAUUUCAACAAUUGCAAGGUGAAGGCUUGUGAGUUUUCUACUCUCGGAGCAAAUGCAUCAGUGCAACUCUCAGAUCCGAUGAUAGCAUCUUUCAAAUUUGCAAUUCCCUGGCCGGAGCAUAUUCAUGUAGGGUAAUGGCUGUUAGCUCUCCCACUAGAGAACCAGUAUACUGUCAGCUUGUCUCUCACAUCUAGGUCAUCUAUAACCAAGGUGUCACCUGGAAUUCUCUUUUGAGGCUGUGACAUAACAUUGUUGAGCUGCUGAUCGAUCUCUCUUGACUUGACUGACCCUUUGACUAGUCAGGAACUUUCAAGGAGCUGGUAAGUGGAGGUAAUUGCUUUCAUGAAAUUAAGUCUUGGCUGACCUAAUGUAAUGUUGUAUGCAAAGCCAAUCAACUACAAUGAAAUUGACCAUGUUUUGGUUUCUUCCUCGUCAUGGUAGGGUUUUGGGCUGCAAAGGUUGUCCUGCCUCUCCAAAUGCCACAAAGGGGACCUGGACAAUCUCCAUCAAUCACUUCCAAGUUUCAUUUGCUCCAGUGUGGAUAGAAAUAGGAUGUCAGCUGAGCUCCCAUUUCGGGAUAGGGAUGUGGAACCAAAGAGAAAGAAAAGAGGUCUUUGGGAUGGGUUUCCUUUUAUGGACAAGCACUAUUUCCUUUUUUUCUUCGACCUUUGCAUUGAAAGAAGGGAUUAAAAACAACCUUCUGUACCUUAAAGUUGGCAAUGAGCAUAGAGACUGCAAGUGCUUUGUCAUACCUGAACUUCUCCUAGGUUAUUCUCUGAUAAAUACAUCUCCUACUCUGUUAGAGGCUUCUUUGGUGGCUGCACCUCUUGAGGUUUGAAGACCUGUCAUGCAUAUAUCUCCUGAUUGAGCUACUUCCAACUUUGUUGCAUGCCCCUCCAAAAAUAGUUAUUAUCUCCCUUGGUGUGGGAUUUUUAUAUGGGAUCUCUAAUAUCAUCUUUUUGGAUGUCUAUUUCCACCCCCAGCUUUCUUGACAAACCUCCCAGAGUGACCUUUGCUAAUCAAGGCUUCUGUAUCAUUCUUCUAGUUAAAGCACCCCUUUGUGUCAUGUCCAUAGUAUUUAUAAGUGGCAGAACUUCAGCCGGUCUUUCGCUUGAGCUCAGAGGAGCAGGCCAUUGGAAAUAAUCCUAGUCUUUGAUCUACAUAAGAGCCUUGCUGUGCAAUGGAUUUAGCAGGAUGUAAUGGUUCAAUUUAUCUGGCUGGGGGAAAUCAUCCUGAAGUCACUCUACUCUCUUCUCACCUUGUUGAUUUUUCCUUUUACCAAUCUUAUUAGCUCUUUCUCCCCAGCAUUUCUCUUGAACCCCCCAUGAUCCUUCAAGCCAGCAUAAUCUCUUCCCCAUUUAUGUAUCUCUGAGCUUUGGCUAUCAAUUUGCCAUUGUCAAUUGCACUUAGAGAUUAUAGGAACCUUCCUGGUUGUAAAUCCAUGGAUGGGGUAGCUAGAGCAAUUCUUUAUUCUAGCAAUUUACUUCUAGUGUUCUGCUGUGAAGUGGUGGAUGAAGUCCUUCAUGGAUGGCUACUGUGCAAGGCUCGUCAGUUGAUCUCUUCACCAGAGUUAUUAGGGGAUGUGGUAUCAUGAUCAUGCUAGCCCUUCGAUGUCUUUAUGAAUGUACGGCACAAUUAUCGCAGUGGGUGCUUUGCAUCAGCAUGAAUGCAUUGAAUGGGUCCAAGUGGCCGGUUGGUUCCUACUUGCACCAUAUGUCUCCAGGUAAGGCACUUUGAACUUAUUGGCAGAGGGAUGCUAUCAUAAUUUAUUGGGUGUACAGUGUGUUGGAGCUCCCUGCUGUCGCCAUGUCGUGUUUGCUACCUUGCAUCUCCCCAUCAUAUGCUUAAACUUAUAGUUUGUUUAAAUUUCUCAUGAAAAAUGAAGGAAUGGUGGAUGACUGUGCACCCCCCAAUGAGGUCCUCAGUCUUAUCUCCACAAGCUGACAGUGAACCAUCUUGGUGGGCACAGCCUGCCCCAGAAGUGGUGGAAGGUUGGCCCUGGUGCUCGAAGUAUCCCCAGAAUUAGUUGCUGAAGGGUCACCAAUUGGUUUGCAGGGACUACAUCCCUAGUGUUGGGGCUGUUAGGCUGUUGUUCUAUGGAGUUUGUACCUUUUAUCUGUGAGUUCCUCUGCAGCUGUGGAUUUGUGUCAUCAGAGAUGGCGUUCUUUCAGUCAUGCAUUGAUGAUAAAACUUGUUCUUCAGUUUCGGCAGGCUGCCAUUUCUGUUGUCAUAUGAAACAACCUGCCAUUCUUGUGAACAAUCCCUGCACAGAACCAUCAAGAAACACGCCAUGGGAGGUCCCGAGUCACCUUUGGAGGGCCUGACUGUUGCUCAACUUAGAGGAGAAAGUGAUAAUGGUGGGAGAAUGAGCAACAUUGAAAUUACCUUUCCCAUGUUGAUGUUGCCGGCUUAUAUAUAUUAGUACUGCUGGUCUUGCUGAAUCAUCUGGGUGCUUGCCAUGCUUAUUAUCUGAAGAUUCUCCUGUGAUUUCAUGUGGCUUCUACGAAUUUCUGGUUAUUGUCUGGCCAGAAUAAGGAGUGGCUGGCCCUAGAGUAUGUGUGUGUGGCUUGAAAGGUGAAUGGACUUUGGACCACCAUGGUGAAUGAAAGAAAGAGCAUAAACCCCUGUUGUUGCAGGAGCUUCAGAGCUGAGCAGCCUCUAGCACUAAGCUGGUGUAUAAUAUCAGCUGAUGAUUUCUGCACCUGGGCCAAGCUGCCUUGAAGGAGUAAAACAACAUGGAAUUUCUGGUCAAGAAGGGGGUUGCUGGUCACUGCUGGUCUGCAAUGUCUAUCUUAGCUGCCCUGAUCCUUUUGAGCUGCUUGGAUGGGAGCCCAGAAGUCUACAUCCCCCCAACACAGCUCAUUGUAUCACUGAUAAUGGGAUGGUUGCAAUUGGAUGUGGUCUAUCUCUUCUACAGUCCUUAGAUGUGUCUUACUGCAGAAAGUUGACUGACAAGGGAAUGUCGGCUGUGGCUGAGGGCUGUCAUGACCUGAAAACUUUGCAGCUUACUGGCUGCAGAUUUAUUACUGAUGUAGUGCUGCAAGCCCUUUCAAAAAACUGUCACAAUCUAGAAGAUCUUGGUCUGCAAGGUUGCACCAGUAUAACCAACUCUGGGCUUAAUGUCCUUGUAGAGGGGUGUCGAAGGAUAAAGCUAUUAGACAUAAAUAAAUGCUGCAAUGUUGGAGAUAUCGGGAUCUUGAAUGUUUCUCAGGCCUGUUCAUUGUCUCUGAAGACACUGAAGUUGUUGGAUUGCUAUAAAGUUGGAGAUGAAUCUAUAUUCUCACUGGCCAAGUUCUGUAAAAAUCUUCAAACUCUUAUUAUUGGUGGCUGCCGAGAUAUCUCUGAUGAGUCUAUCAAAUCAUUGGCUGCUGCUUGUGGUCACAGCCUAAAGAACCUGCGGAUGGAUUGGUGCUUAAAUAUCUCCGAUUCUUCAUUAAACUGCAUUUUCCGUCAGUGCAGAAAUCUAGAGGCUCUUGACAUAGCAUGUUGCGAGGAGGUGACUGAUGCUGCUUUCUGGGGAUUAAGCAAUGGUGGAUCAGAGUUGGCUUUGAAGAUUUUAAAGGUCAGCAACUGCCCAAAGAUCACUGUGGCAGGAAUAAGCAUGGUUUUGAACUCAUGUAGUGGUCUAGGAUAUCUUGAUGUGAGAUCAUGCCCACAUAUUACGAAGGCAGGUUGUGAAGCAGCAGGAUUGCAGUUUCCUGAAAGUUGCAGUGUGAAUUUUGUAGGAAGUUUAUCAGAGCCGAAUGUUUGUGAAAUAUAACUUUAGGCAAUUGCAGAACCUGUGCAAGAGCUUGAUGCAAUGCUGCUGCAAUAUGGUUAUGGCUUCUCCUAGUCUUGCCUUUUGUUCUUCCUCAUCCCAUGCACUUUCAGGCUUGUCUCUAUGUAUAACCCUUAAAUCACUUUGAUGAGCACUUUUUUUAAUGUAAUCAUUAAUAAUUUGUCA